AUGUCGUCCUCGUCACAGUCAAGCCAGGGCGGCAUAUCGCCGCAGAUGCUGGAGCAGUUGAAGCAACACGGCCCUCCGUACCCUCCCACCGGCGCUGGCCUCGGCGGCCGUCCCACCGUCGCCGUCGACGUCCCCAUCUCGGCCGUCUUCAUCUUCCUCUUCAUCCUCUCCGCCGUGCUCAACAUGACCAUUCUGCAGCGCAACCAGCGCCGCGGCCACAAGUUCGUCCUCUCCGGCCUCCUCUUCGGCUUCAGCAUGGCCCGCAUCACCGCCAACGUUAUGCGCAUCGUCUGGGCCACCCGGCCCGCCAACGCCUCCAUCGCCAUCGCCGCCAGCGUCCUCACAAACGCCGGCGUCGUGCUGCUCUUCGUCGUCAACCUCCUCCUCGUGCAGCGCCUGCUGCGCGCCUACCACCCGCACUUUGGCUGGAGCAGGCCCGUCAGCCUCGCUUUUCGCUUCCUCUACUUUUCUAUUGCCGCCGCCAUCAUCAUGGUCAUUAUCGCCGUCGUCUACAGCUUCUACACGCUCGACGUCAAGGCCCGCAUGCGCAUCCGCGAGGUCCAGCUCACCGGCGUCGUCUUCCUCGCCGUGCUCGCUUUCCUCCCCAUCCCCAUUGGCCUCGCCGCCGGCCUCGUGCCCGGACGCUACCCGCGCGACCCCUUUGGCCAGAGCCACCCCCAAGGCCGCGCGCGUUCGCUACGCUUCAAGCUCAUCCUCGUCCUCACCACCUCGGCGCUGCUGAGUCUCGGCGCCUCCUUCCGCGCCGGCACAGCCUUUUUCCAGCGCCCGGCGAGCAAUCCGGCGUGGUUUCAUAGCAAGACCUGCUACUACUGCUUCAACUACACCAUCGAGAUCGUCUGCGUCUUCACCUACGCCCUGCUACGCUUCGAUCGCCUCUUUCAUAUCCCCGACGGCAGCAGUGGCCCCGGCCAUUACGCCGGCCGCGGCGUCGCUGACCAGCCGGAAAAAUCUGGCCGCUUCGAGGAGCCCCUGGACAGCGAACGGCCCCCGACCGCCUCUGAGCAGCAAGAACAGGAGACCAGGUGGGACGCGCAACUACGAAGCGAGCUGCAACACCAGGCUGUUUAA